CUUCUAUCCUGCACACCGGCAGCAGCAUGUUCAGAAUAUCAUCAGUGCUACUCAUAUUAAUGAUGAUACUAGACUGGUCAAGUACUCAAUCAAAUAUUCUGACAAGUAAUCGUGAAGAUCAAUAUCUGCACGCUGGAUUGGAAUGGGGUUUCGAAGGGUUGUAUAUUUAUGCUCAGGGUGCCCAACUGAAUCGUGUGUCCACUUGUAUUCAAGCGUGUUGUAUGUUGACGUUCGCUUCGCUUUCACGCCUCUAUCAAAAGACUACGAAAAUAGAGUAAGUCGAUGUGUAGUAGUAGUAUACGGAGGAGCUCUAAUCUCAUCUCGGUCGGAGGCCGGGGAAUGUUGCG